UCUCUUUCAACAAAUCAAGAAGAACAAGUGAUGGAAGAAGAUAGAGAAUUUGAUAGCGUAAGCAAGCAAAUCGAUUUCUUAUUUAACCAAUUACAAUCCCUCAAACAGAAAGCUCCAUCAUUUGAGGCAAAGUUGGAAGAAAAAAUUACAAAACUUCAGCAUAUUUCAAAAGAUCUCACAGUUGAUGCAUUGAAUAUACAAGAACCUGUGGAUAGGUGUAUUGAGAGAUAUCAAAAUCAACUUGUCAAGAUCAGAAGAGUUGGACAGUUGGUUGAAACAAAGGAUGAAACUGAUUCAGGGGAAAGAAUCACUUCUUUUGUCAAUAUUCAGAAACUCGAAGAGCUGGAGAGGAUUAAAAGUCUUGAAGAUAAGUUGAAGAAGGAAGAAGAAAAAGUGUCUGAUUUGGCGACCAAUUUGAGGAAUUGUCAAUCUACCUUGCUAGAGCUGUCAAGCCAAAUUUGACCAAUUAGCAUCCGUUGAUUUGGUUAUUCGAGUCGGGAUAAGAAUUUUGUAUAUAUAAGCUUCAUUCAUUGUUAUUGACUCAUAAGAGUACUUUGCUUUAUAUAUAUUCUUAUUGUUAUUAAUUUUUCUCCUUUCAUCAGGAUGA